UUGUGUUUUAAUGAUCUCUGAACAAAAUGGAAUAUUUAAAUAUGCCUACAUUUUUCAAGGCCAAACAGUUUUUAGAAGCGAACAAUUUAAACAAAAAUAUUGUUAACGAUGUGGAGAAUUUUAUUUGCCAAUGGAAAUUUAAGUCGGAAUACGAUCUAACAGCAAUAUGUGAAGAUUUGGAUAAUCUUAUCGAGGUGCUGCAAGAAAACUUUUUCGGUAGAACUACAGACAUUAGCAUAUUUAAUUCCAUACAUUGCGUGGUUUACAACCUACUUUGGGACAAUUUAAAACCAGUAGUACGAGCCAAUUGUACCGAACGUGAUUUGCGUGUAUAUGAAACGUCAAUGACGUUAUGCAAAAACCAAAAUUUUCUUGUCGAACAAAACGAUAGUUCCUACUGUUCAGUUCCUUAUACCGCAGCAAUAGUUGAACUCUCUUUUUGGGACUCUCACAAUAGUCCAUUGGAAAAACUGAACUGUUUGUGUACAACAUAUGAUAUUAUAUUCGCCGAAUUAAAAAGUGCUUUAGUUAAUUUAAUAUCUAAAUAUUCAGAUAAAGAGCUUGAAAUACCCGUAAUUGACAACGAAGAAAUAAUACCAGUAAUCACGGUGGUUCUAAUAAGAUCCAAAUUGCAAUAUUCUGUUAGUAAUUUAUAUUACAUAAAGCAAUUUGGUAAACAAUUUCUCAAGGACAAUAAUAAACAACACAUAUUUGAAACCUUCGAAUAUGCCAUACAAAGCUUAUUGAAAAUCGACUACAAGCAACUAACAAGUUGUUCCCAAGAUAACUUUCUAAAUAUUGAUCACUUAGAAGCAAUAAAAAGAAUCACUGAAAUAAACACUAAUCCGAACAACGGUAAACACGUCACGAAAGCUAAAGUUAGCCUUAAUGAGGAAAAUCAAAAAAGAGCUUUGGAGCUAAUCCUUCAAUCAACCACAGCAGAUGUAAAUGGUUAGUUUGUGAUAGAUCAUGAAUGAAAUGAAAGAUUACAAUAAUAUAAUUGUCAAGAUUUAAUAUAUCAGGAUAUACUUAAAGUGAAGAUACGAUGAAGAUACUAUAUGUUGUAUACUGUAUGAUGG